AUGCCUUCCCAACCUGCUGACACUGCUUCAGCUUGUCAUACUCGUGCAUCUAAUGCAACUGCACAUCCCACAGAAGAAGUUGCUGCUGCUCAAGAAGAAAAAGUAGCACAAGCAGCAGCACAGGCAGUAGCUGCUAAAGCAGGUGCUGAGCACAUCACUGGUAUAGAGCUGGAGAUGGAUGCCAAGCAGGUGAACAUGCUGAUGAGGAAGGCUAAGGAAGUUUGGUCUUAUCCAAUUCCCUCUAAAGGCAAGAAGGCUAUGAAGGAUGGUCUGAGUCAGGCAGCAGCCUGUGGUGGAGGUGAUGAGGUUGGAACUAACUUGAAUUAA